ACAUGUUACUUCCUGUAUGGAGGCAUGGCCAGUUUCCAGCCCCGCGCUCCCCGAUCCUCCCCAGCCUGCGCCCGAGCCACAACUUUCAGGAGCAUGGACUGAAGGCGCCCUCGCCCCUGCGCCCCUCUGAGAUCCUUUGUGUUUGCCUCCGUUUCCUCCGGCCGCUUCUAUUUUUGGGGGCUCCUCGCUUCCACCGCCGCUUCCCUCCCCUUCCCCGAUCGCAAACAUGCCUCCUUCCUUCCCCGGGCCCUGGAAGGAGCUGCCUGCCUGAAGCCGGGAGACGCCGUGCCGCGCGCAGCCCCGCCGCCAGCCGCUCCUCGGGCGCCGCUGCGCUGCCGACUCAAGUUGGGGAUCCUCGGCUGCUCGCCGCCGCCUGCAGCCCCUGCCCGCCCCGAACGCGGGGCAUCGCCGCCGCCCGCCGCCCGCCCGCCCUGCCUGGUCUUCUCGCUGCUUUCUGAACGGCGAGCAGCCCUUCUGCGCCCCGGAGGAUCGUCCCCAGCGUGGCUCCGCUUUCCUGGUUACUUUUUUGAGAUUUUCCGGGGGGCGCUUGGCAGCUUCCUGGUUGUCUGGGGGACUCGGGCUGCCCAGCGCGGGGGGCCAGUGGAGCGGACCAGCCGGGGAAGCGCCCGGGCUUCGCCUAGGCUCACGUAGGAAUCUAGAACUUAUUCAACAAGUUUAUCCCCCUGCCUUCCUCUUUUCGAUGUGCGUUUUCGGACAUGCGGAGGUUACUGGAACCGUGUUGGUGGAUUUUGUUCCUGAAAAUCACCAGUUCUGUGCUCCAUUAUGUUGUAUGCUUCCCGGCACUGACAGAAGGCUACGUGGGGACCCUGCACGAGAACAGACACGGCAGCUCAGUGCAGAUCCGCAGGCGCAAGGCCUCCGGCGACCCGUACUGGGCCUACUCUGGUGCCUACGGUCCUGAGCACUGGGUCACGUCCAGUGCCAGCUGCAGAGGCCAUCACCAGUCUCCAAUAGACAUUCUGGACCAGCAUGCUCGUGUCGGCGAAGAGUAUCAGGAGCUGCAACUUGAUGGCUUCGACAAUGAGUCCUCUAACAAGACCUGGAUGAAGAACACAGGGAAAACAGUGGCCAUCCUUUUGAAGGACGACUAUUUUGUCAGCGGUGCCGGCCUGCCUGGAAGGUUCAAAGCCGAGAAGGUGGAGUUUCACUGGGGCCACAGCAAUGGCUCUGCGGGUUCUGAACACAGCAUCAACGGCAGGAGGUUUCCUGUGGAGAUGCAGAUUUUCUUCUACAAUCCAGACGACUUUGACAGCUUCCAGACUGCAAUUUCUGAAAACAGGAUCAUUGGAGCCAUGGCCAUAUUUUUUCAAGUCAGUCCGAGGGACAAUUCCGCUCUGGAUCCUAUUAUCCAUGGGUUGAAGGGCGUCGUCCAUCAUGAGAAGGAGACCUUCCUGGAUCCCUUUGUCCUCCGAGACCUCCUGCCUGCAUCCCUGGGCAGCUAUUACCGGUACACAGGUUCCUUGACCACCCCACCGUGUAGUGAAAUUGUGGAAUGGAUAGUCUUCCGGAGACCUGUCCCCAUCUCCUACCACCAGCUCGAAGCUUUUUACUCCAUCUUCACCACGGAGCAGCAAGACCACGUCAAGUCAGUGGAGUAUCUCAGAAAUAACUUUCGGCCGCAGCAGGGUCUGAAUGACAGGGUGGUUUCUAAGUCUGCCGUCCAUGACGCGUGGAAUCAUGACAUGACAGACUUCCUGGACAACCCACUGGGGACAGAAGCCUCUAAAGUGUGCAGCUCCCCACCCAUUCACAUGAAGGUGCAGCCUCUCAACCAGACGGCGCUGCAGGUGUCCUGGAGCCAGCCGGAGACCAUCUACCACCCGCCCAUCAUGAACUACAUGAUCUCCUACAGCUGGACCAAGAACGAGGACGAGAAGGAGAAGACGUUCACCAAGGACAGCGACAAAGAGCUGAAAGCCACCAUUAGCCAUGUCUCACCUGAUAGUCUUUACCUCUUCCGAGUCCAGGCGGUGUGCCGGAAUGACAUGCGCAGUGACUUCAGCCAGACGAUGCUCUUUCAAGCUAAUACUACUCGAAUUUUCCAAGGGACCAGAAUUGUUAAAACUGGAGUGCCCACAGCGUCUCCUGCCUCUUCUGCUGACAUGGCCCCCAUCAGCUCGGGCUCUUCCACCUGGACAUCCUCUGGCAUCCCCUUUUCCUUUGUGUCCAUGGCCACCGGGAUGGGCCCGUCGUCCAGUGGCAGCCAGGCGACAGUGGCCUCGGUGGUGACCAGCACACUCCUGGCUGGCCUGGGCUUCAGUGGGGGCGGCAUCCCGUCCUUCCCCAGCACCGUGUGGCCCACGCGCCUGCCCACAGCUGCCGCGGCCAGCAAACAGGCCGGCCGGCCAGUGCUGGCCACCACGGAGGCCUUGCCUUCUCCGGGGCCCGACGGCGACUCGGCGCCCACCCAGGACAACCAGGGUGCCGAGGACGGGGAGAAGGACGAGAAAAGCGAGAGCGAGGAUGGCGAGCGGGAGCACGAGGAGGAGGGGGACAAGGAGGCCGAGAAGAAGGAGAAGAGCGAGGUGACCCGCACUGCCACCAAGGAGCCAAACCAGGCCGAGCCCACUGCCACACCCUCGGCCCCCAACAGGACCGCGGAGGAGGGGGGCCAUCAGACUAGACCUGGGCAUGAGCGGCACCCCACGGCAGGCCCCACACACCAGCCCGACUCCGGCCCGGGCCUCAUCCUGGACUCCGCCACCUCCACCCAAGUGCCAGCCACAGUCACAGAGGAGCCGUCCGCAGGGAGUGAGCCCAGGGGACCCGGGGUGCCGUCCAAGAAGCCCGUGUCCCGGGGGGACCGGUUUUCUGAGGACAGCAGAUUCAUCACUGUUAAUCCAGCGGAAAAGAACACCUCUGGAAUGUCGAGCCGCCCUUCUCCGGGCAGGAUGGAGUGGAUCAUCCCUCUGAUUGUGGUAUCAGCCUUGACCUUCGUGUGCCUCAUCCUUCUCAUUGCUGUGCUCGUGUACUGGAGAAGGUGUAACAAAAUAAAGUCCAAGGGCUUUCCCAGACGUUUCCAUGAAGUGCCUUCUUCUGGGGAGAGAGGAGAGAAGGGGAGCAGAAAAUGUUUUCAGACCGCUCAUUUCUAUGUGGAAGAUAGCAGUUCACCUCGGGUGGUCCCCAAUGAAAGUAUUCCUAUUAUUCCUAUUCCGGAUGAUCUGGAAGCUAUUCCUGUCAAACAGUUUGUUAAACACAUCGGUGAGCUCUAUUCUCAUAACCAGCACGGGUUCUCCGAGGAUUUUGAGGAAGUGCAACGCUGUACGGCUGAUAUGAACAUCACAGCGGAACAUUCCAAUCAUCCUGAUAACAAGCACAAAAACAGAUACAUCAACAUUUUAGCAUAUGAUCACAGUAGGGUGAAGUUAAGACCUUUACCAGGAAAAGACUCUAAGCACAGCGACUACAUUAAUGCAAACUAUGUUGAUGGUUACAACAAAGCAAAAGCCUACAUUGCCACCCAGGGACCUUUAAAGUCUACCUUUGAAGAUUUCUGGAGGAUGAUUUGGGAACAAAACACCGGAAUCAUCAUCAUGAUUACAAACCUUGUGGAAAAAGGAAGAAGAAAAUGUGAUCAGUAUUGGCCAACAGAAAAUAGUGAAGAGUAUGGAAACAUUAUUGUCACACUGAAGAGCACAAAAGUACACGCCUGCUAUACUGUUCGUCGUUUUUCAGUCAGGAAUACAAAAGUGAAAAAGGGUCAGAAGGGGAAUCCCAAGGGCCGUCAGAAUGAGAGAGUUGUGAUCCAGUACCACUACACACAGUGGCCUGACAUGGGGGUCCCUGAGUAUGCCCUCCCGGUCCUGACCUUCGUGAGGAGAUCCUCUGCAGCCCGGACCCCAGACAUGGGCCCCGUGUUGGUGCACUGCAGCGCUGGUGUGGGCAGGACGGGCACCUACAUUGUGAUAGACAGCAUGCUGCAACAGAUAAAAGACAAAAGCACAGUUAAUGUCCUGGGAUUCCUGAAACACAUCAGGACACAGCGCAACUACCUCGUCCAGACGGAGGAGCAGUACAUUUUCAUCCACGAUGCCUUGUUGGAAGCCAUUCUUGGAAAGGAGACUGAAGUAUCUUCAAACCAGCUGCACAGUUAUGUUAACAGCAUCCUCAUACCUGGAGUAGGAGGAAAGACACGGCUGGAAAAGCAAUUCAAGCUGGUCACACAGUGUAAUGCAAAAUAUGUGGAAUGCUUUAGCGCUCAGAAGGAGUGCAACAAAGAAAAGAACAGAAACUCAUCAGUUGUGCCAUCUGAGCGUGCGCGAGUGGGUCUUGCACCACUGCCUGGAAUGAAAGGAACCGAUUACAUUAAUGCUUCUUAUAUCAUGGGCUAUUACAGGAGCAAUGAAUUUAUCAUAACCCAGCAUCCUCUACCACAUACUACGAAGGAUUUCUGGCGAAUGAUUUGGGAUCAUAAUGCACAGAUCAUUGUCAUGCUGCCAGACAACCAGAGCUUGGCAGAAGAUGAGUUUGUGUAUUGGCCAAGUCGAGAAGAAUCCAUGAACUGUGAGGCCUUUACCGUCACCCUUAUCAGCAAAGACAGACUGUGCCUCUCUAAUGAAGAACAAAUUAUCAUCCAUGACUUUAUCCUUGAAGCUACACAGGAUGACUACGUCCUAGAAGUUCGGCACUUCCAGUGUCCCAAAUGGCCUAACCCAGAUGCCCCCAUAAGCAGCACCUUUGAACUUAUCAAUGUCAUCAAGGAAGAGGCCUUAACAAGGGACGGCCCCACCAUUGUUCAUGAUGAGUAUGGAGCAGUUUCUGCAGGAAUGCUAUGUGCCCUUACCACUCUGUCCCAGCAACUGGAGAAUGAAAAUGCUGUGGAUGUCUUCCAGGUUGCAAAAAUGAUCAAUCUUAUGAGGCCUGGAGUAUUCACAGACAUUGAACAAUACCAGUUUGUCUAUAAAGCGAUGCUCAGCUUGGUCAGCACUAAGGAAAACGGAAACGGUCCCCUGACGGUGGACAGAAAUGGUGCUGUUCUGAUUGCCGAUGAGUCGGAUCCUGCCGAGAGCAUGGAGUCGCUGGUGUGACUGGAAACCGGGGAGAGGGCACCUCAUUUGUAAAACUUCCGAAGACUGAGAACUUUUUUGAGGCCUUUUUUGCCAGACUCUAGGUUAUACAAUAACCCAGUUACUUUUUUACACUGAUAAAAGUUUUGAUAUUUAUUUUUUGCCAUUUUAUGUCUUAAUGGUAUCCUACUGAGCAUUUGCACCUCUUUCUUUCCCGCAGUGAAACGCAGUUUGACCUAGUUUGCACUAUAUGAUCAGUGUUACUGCCUACAGUCUAAUACUAAAGCAAACCCUGAUGUGACAUUCCAUGGCAACAUACAUGCUACUUUUUUAGUUCAGUUACAGUGAAGGUCUAUGUCAUGACAGUGAAUCUUGAUUUCCUUAUUUUGAUUAUUGCUGAAAGCGGCUGCAUUCUACUCCCAGGCAAUGCUGCCCUCCUCUCCUGUUCUUUGAGGCACUGUUAAAUCUUGUACGCCUUCUGCGGUUUCAUGGAGUGGAUGGGCAUUAUUUUCUUUACCGAAUAGCAGGCUACCGGGAGCUAUUUAAAGGGUCUGUCAACCUUAGGGCCUUGAGCGAGUUCCAUUUAUCAUGGCUAAGAUGUCCAUUUAAAAAACCAGAAGGCACAAGAGUUUCUUCAUGUGAACAUCACUUAGUAGUUACAUGGUUAUACUCACAGCUAAAAAAAAAAUUUUUUUGCCCAAUUGUGUCAAAAUAAAGGAUAAUUCUGUAUUAUGGUUUUCACAGGAGCGAUGUGAACAGUGUGUUAUUAUUUCUAUUUUGACUUUUUGAAAUAGUUCUACUCCAAUAUCAGGGCUAUCCUGUACAAUCUCAAGAUAUCAAUAUUUUACCCAGCUCAAGUAAUGAAAGCUUUUUAGUCAAUAUUCAUUACUACUUCUUGGUUUUUAAUACCAUACCUCACAGUAGAUGGGAAGAAUAAAAAUUUUGCCGGUGUGUGAUUUUUAAAUUUGUUCUCUUUUUAAAAAGAUCCCUAUUAUUCAUACAGCAACCUAAUAAAAGCUACCUAUAUAUAUUUAGUUAACAUUAUUUUCUUUCCUUUUUUGCCAGAUGUUUCAUAAUAAAUCUUUUCAUUACAUACACUCUUCUGCUUACUAUUAAAUUAAAAAUACUUGGGUCUCUCCAAACUCCUGUACAUGGAUUUACAGAAAGAUUAGUAAACAGAAAACAGUAUCCACACUUUGGGGUAGUUUUGAAGAGAAACUACACUUUUGUGUUGUUUAACCUCAAAAACAGAAAUGCUUUAGUCACAGGGGCUGGUAAUCAUUAUGCAGGACCCCAGGAAAUAAGGGUGUCCAUCCUAUGGAGCCCUGUUCACCCUGUAGCAUGUACAGGAUUAAAAGGAGCAGGAAGGCAUUUCAGUCAAGUCUGUUAGAAAAAUAAGCUGCUUACUGAGAGCUGUUUCUUCUCCAGUGUGUGUGUUUUGAGGGACAGGUUCUGUCAGAAGUGAAAUCAUCACCUAAAGAACUGGACCUGUUAUGACGUGUAGGGUUCUGGUUUACUUUUUAGGGGAAUAAAUGUCAACAAAUAGGCUUCUCUCGCCGCUGUCAUUCUAUUUGGGUAGGCAGAAAAAAUAUCCAUGCUCAUCAGCACUGA